UCCUAAGCGACAGACGGUUUACCUACAAAAAUACUUUUGUAAUUGAGAAGUUUUGUUUUGUUUCGUUUUUCAUAAUUAAUAUAUUCACUAAUCACUGAGAAUCGAUUAGAAUACUUUUAAAUAUGGCUAGUGCAAGCACGGAUGUUGAUUUUAAUAAGAUUGUUAAGCAGGAUCAAACGUUAUGUGCUAUCUGCCACUUUUCUUGGGUUCAAAAAGACGCUAGAUGCCUUCCUUGUAAAGAUAAAGUUCAUAUAUUUUGUUCCGAUUGUCUUAGACAACUGGCGCAUAACGACGAAUCGCACGCCGAAGGGAUACUCUUUUGUCCUGUGUGUAAGAUGGCUCAUAGAUGGACCGAAGAAGGUGUUGCCUCUUUUCCCAGACUGGAUCUAUUUAAUUCGAAUAACGACGACGACGACGACGGGAAUCGACUAAGGAUGAGAUCUAGAACUUUCGUCGACGCUCCACCCAAUCAUACAAGGAGUUAUGUAGAGGAAAUUAUUGUUUCGGUACUAAGAAAUUUACAUAAUCAAGAGAUCCAAAUGAUUCAAAAGAUAAAUGAAACUGCUGCUAAUCAUAUGAAAAAGGUACGAGAACAAAGGCACAAGCUACUAGAAGAGGUUCUAAUGUUCUAUGAUGAGAAGGAAAGUGAAUUAAUCGACAUUAUAAGAGAGUUUGCCGCUUUUGAAAAAUUUUCAAAAAAAGUUGGUGAAACUAAUAAAAAAGUCACAAAAAUGAAAAUAAGAUUAAAUAACAAAGCCAAUUCUUGUUUCCAUAGAAACAUUGAAUUUAUUAAAGAUUCUAGUUUAGCUGAUUUUAGUAUAGGCUUAAAUAAAAAAGAAGAAGAAUUUAAAGUAUCGAAAGAACUUUGCCGAUUACCGACUGGGGGAAGAGUUUGUAAUACUUCAUUCUUUAACGAUACUCUAUACUUAUUAACGGAGAAGUUUGGUGGAAGUUUAUUCUUCUAUAAACUAUUAAGAUAUCAAAUGAAGACAGGGAUCAUAGAAAGUUUACACGAAUGGAAUAAUUCUAUAAAAAUAGAAUAUAAACUGGCGGUAAGUGUUAAUAUUUAUCUAUUAACUGUUGGAGAAAUAAGGGUACAGCGUGUAACGGAGACUGAGGAUGACGAUGGUAAAUUUUCGUGCACUUUUUCAACAUUUUACGACAUAAUGAGAAGAAAGAACGAUACUACCAGUUUUGUACAUAUAAUUGGAUAUGAGAAAGGAAUAGUCCUAUGCUGUCAGGAUUUAGAUAAUAUAUUUACUUUUAAAAAGAUUAAAGACCCCGUUAAACAAAAAUGGAAGAUAAGUUUAAAUCUUCCACUUUUAAAAAUUGUCGACAUGAGAAUAAACUCUUCCCAACUGUUCGCUCUAUUUACGGAAAAUCUUCAUUAUAUCUUUGACCUUAAUUCCGGUAAGAUACUCAACAAACUGAAGACGUCUACUGGCAGUCCUAGAGAAGUUUUGGGUAUUACAAAAUAUAGAUUCUGCACGAAAAUACUCUUCCAAUCCGGAUGUUGUUUAAUUGGUAACGAUUUCGUUCGUUUAAUUGAUAAAACCGAAGAUGGCGUUAGUUCAUGGUCGUAUAAGAAGAUAUUUGAUCUCUAUCAUACUAUAGAAUAUGGAAAAUGUUCCGAAGGAAUUAUAGCAUUUUUAAUACUCGAUAAAUGGAUUAAUACGGUCUAUUUAAAAUAUAUUAAAUGUUAAUAAAGAAUGAAAAUAUUUAAACAAACAAUCGGUUAAUUCUAUAACGAAGUGCCAUUGUAGAUUCUGAAUACUUUACGUCAAAUAUUCAAUAUAUUUUCUAUGUACUUUGCAUAUAUGAAGAUUCUUUAUCAAACAAAUCAAAUAAA